CCCGGAUGACGCUGAGCUUCCGGAGUCUGUAGCUGGAGAGGAGGAAGAGCGGGAUCAGCUGAACUACAGAAGAAAUUAAAAUAUUUUCCUGAAAUUCAUCACCAACAACCAGGAUAUUUAACUAAGAGCAAAGUUAAACUGCUGAAAGAGGUGAAGCAGAAGCCUUCCUGAAGAAUCUCCAGAACACGCAGAAAUUGUUUGCUACAUUUAAAAGACAAAUGAAGCCAAGUCCCGACAUGGAGAAACAUCAGCACUCUGUCAAGAGUUUUACUAAACAGAGUGAUCUCAAAAAACACCAGCGCAUUCACACAGGAGAGAAACCGUAUCACUGCUCAGACUGUGGGAAGAGCUUUAAUCAACUGGAGACUGUCAAACGGCAUCAGCGCAUUCACACAGGAGAGAAACCGCAUCACUGCUCGGACUGUGGGAAGAGUUUUACUGAACAGAGUAAAUUCAAAAUACAUCAACGCAUUCACACAGGAGAGAAACCAUAUCACUGCUCAGACUGUGGGAGGAGUUUUAAUCAACAGAGUCAUCUCAAAAGUCACCAGCGCAUUCACACAGGAGAGAAACCUUAUUACUGCUCAGACUGUGGGAAGAGCUUUAAUCGACUGGAGACUGUCAAACGGCAUCAGCGCAUUCACACAGGAGAGAAACCGCAUCACUGCUCGGACUGUGGGAAGAGUUUUAAUCAACAGAGUGAUCUCAAAAAACACCAGCGCAUUCACACAGGAGAGAAACCAUAUCACUGCUCGGACUGUGGGAAGAGUUUUAAUCAACAGAGUGAUCUCAAAAAACACCAGCGCAUUCACACAGGAGAGAAACCGCAUCACUGCUCAGACUGUGGGAAGAGUUUUAAUCAACAGAGUGCUCUCAAAAUACACCAGCGCAUUCACACAGGAGAGAAACCGUAUUACUGCUCAGACUGUGGGAAGAGUUUUAAUCAUCACAGUCAUCUCAAAAAACACCAGCGCAUUCACACAGGAGAGAAACUUUAUUACUGCUCAGACUGUGGGAAGAGCUUUAAUCAACUGGAGACUGUCAAACGGCAUCAGCGCAUUCACACAGGAGAGAAACCGCAUCACUGCUCGGACUGUGGGAAGAGUUUUACUGAACAGAGUGCUCUCAAAAUACACCAGCGCAUUCACACAGGAGAGAAACCGCAUCACUGCUCGGACUGUGGGAAGAGUUUUACUGAACAGAGUGCUCUCAAAAAACACCAGCGCAUUCACACAGGAGAGAAACCGUAUCACUGCUCAGACUGUGGGAAGAGUUUUAAUCAACAGAGUAAUCUCAAAAUACACCAGCGCAUUCACACAGGAGAGAAACCGUAUCACUGCUCAGACUGUGGGAAGAGUUUUACUAAACAGAGUAAUCUCAAAAGUCACCAGCGCAUUCACACAGGAGAGAAACCAUAUCACUGCUCAGACUGUGGGAAGAGUUUUACUAAACAGAGUAAUCUCAAAAAACACCAGCGCAUUCACACAGGAGAGAAAAAUGUCCCAAAUUUGUCUCAUGGCAAUUAAAAGCGCAAAUCAUAAAUUCCACCAGAAACAAAUAUGAACUGUAUUUAACAAUGGAUUUUACAGGUUCAGCAAAACUAUUCUUAUCCAGGGAUGAUGUGUAUAGAAUUCCAUGUUAUGUUUGUAUGUCUUGUAAGUUUGAAUAUUCCAGGACAUUCUUUGUGAGACAGAGCUCAGUUUUUAGGUUAGUUACUGUUGCGCAGUAAGGUUACAGGCUCAUUCACUCCCUCUGCUGGUGUUCUUGUUUGUCUAUGGUUCAGUCCAAUUAAAAAUCUGUUACUAUAGAGGGAUAUAGAGGGAUAUUUGGUUGUGUUGUAUUACUCAAGUUUUAUACUCUCUUAUCUUUUCCUUAUUGAAUAUUAAAUGUUGCUUAUGUUUUUUUUAAUCUCCAAAGUUACUAAGAAUAUCCAAAUAAUGUAGUUUCUUAAUUGUUUUUAUCCAGUACAAACUAUUAUCGCUGCUACUGUGUUGCCAGUUGCCAGUGUUGUAUCUUAAAAAGUCCACACUAAACUGUGAGAGGUUUAAGCUUGACGAGAAAUAUCGUCACGUCUUAAUCUCGUGAGAUCUCGUGCCACGAUACAGGAUUUGCUAUUUUACUGACCAAAUGUAUAAACAAAGCAUUUCCUGUUUUACUGUCUAUUGUU